CGUCGGCUGUUUGCAGUAACACGCUCUCCUCAAACCAAAUGGACUUUAACUGAAUAAUUCAUAUAUAAUUCAGCCCCGACAUGGACGGAAGUGCAGGUGUAGUUUUGGCCACAGAGAGAUAUGGCCGAGCUGAGUCCUGGAAGUAUUCAGUAAAAGAUGGAGUGAUGGAGAGGAGAAGAGAAGAGAGAGAGGGACAAUCAAGAGGAAACUCUGUUAUUGGAGUCUUUAAAAGUGUUUUUCUGCCUCAAGGAUAUCCAGAGAGUGUGAGUGAGGACUACCUGCAAUACCAGUUCUGGGAUACUGUUCAGGCUUUCGCCAGCUCUCUGUCGGGGACUUUGGCCACUCAGGCGUCUCUUAAAGGUGUCGGGGUUGGAAACCAGGAGGCAACAGUCGCUGCGGCCACAGUCACCUGGUUAUUAAGAGAUGGAACCGGCAUGCUGGGGAGGAUCCUCUUCGCCUGGAAGAAAGGGAGUAAAUUGGACUCUGAGGCCAAAAAGUGGAGACUUUUCGCUGAUGUUCUUAAUGACAUCGCCAUGUUCAUGGAAAUAUUGGCUCCAUUCUUUUCUCCUUUCUUCACCAUGAUUGUUUGCACAGCAGGAAUAUUCAAGUCCAUCGUUGGCGUGGCGGGUGGAGCAACCAGAGCGGCUCUGACUGUUCAUCAGGCUCGAAGAGACAACAUGGCCGACAUCUCCGCCAAAGAUGGCAGUCAGGAGACUUUGGUGAAUCUGGCUGGUCUGCUGGUCAGUUUGUUCCUCAUUCCUCUUGUCACUGAUAAUCCAGCACUGACUCUCAGCCUCUUCUUCCUCUUCACCAUCCUUCACCUCUUUGCCAACUACAAGGCCGUCCGCUCGGUUGUGAUGGAAACGCUCAACGAGGCACGGCUCGCCAUUGUGCUGCAGCAGUACCUGAAUGACAGGCGGAUCCUGAGUCCGCAGGAGGCCAAUCUGAGAGAACCAGUUUUCUUAGAGUUCAGGAAAACAGUGCCAAUCAAACUUGGUGUGAGGCUGCAGGAGGUUGUUCAAAGUCCAGAGGAGCUUAAUCUGGCUUUGAAGAACAACAGCAGUCCUCACCUCUUAGGAGUGAGAAACGGCUGUGUCUGUGUUUGUUUGGGACCAGACGCAUCAGUACGAGAUGAAAUCAGAGCAAUGUGCCAGGCUGUGUGGCUCCGCAGUAUGUUGAGCCCUGAAACACUAAAACAAGAUCAUUGGGAAAAGGUGCAUGAGAGUCACAAGAUGAUGGAGACAAUGUUCAAUCAGUUUCUUAAAGGUGUGGAAGCUGCAGGAUGGGACAUAAACCGAACUCUGCUGGACUGGGAUGAGUGGAGGGUCGAGUGGAAAAGAAAAAGCAACUGAGCUGUGAAACAUCUGCAGCUGUUUCUUAUUGUUUAUAUAAUUUUUGUUAAAUGUUUAUUAAACAAUAUUACUCUUGAA